AUGUUACCAGACGAUGAAUACUACCUGAUAUCCGCGUGUAAAGAUGGCAAUCCAAUGAUUCGGGAUGGUAUCACAGGUGAUUGGAUCGGAACUUUUCUCGGCCACAAGGGUGCAGUAUGGCAGGCACGGCUGUCAAACGACGCAAAUCUUGCAGCUACUGCUUCGGCAGAUUUCUCGGCAAAGGUUUGGGAUACAUUCACAGGAGAGUGUCUCCAAACCCUGGUGCAUAACCAUAUCGUCCGCACGGUCACUUUCGCCCCAAACCCUACUCAUAUAGCAACUGGUGGCCCGGAAAAAAAACUCCGAGUUUAUGACUUGGCCCACUCAGACACUCCCAUGGAAAUUGGUACAAACGUACAUGCUGGAACCAUUAAAUCGCUCGUUUGGUCCGACAAAAAUACAAUCGUCUCGGGAUCAGAUGACAAAAAGCUGCGUUGGUGGGAUAUUCGAUCUCGAGAGCUGGUAUCACAGUUUGAUAUGGGUGAAGUUGUCACUUCUUGUGAGCUAAGCCCGGAGAGAACUCUUAUCAGCGCAACAGCAGGGAAGUCGGCGUAUUUCUUCGACACACAGAGCAUGUCACUCAUUAAAAGUAUUACAACGGAGUAUGAGCUUUCGUGUGUAGCUUUGCAUCAACAAACACGAAAAAUGAUAGCGGGGACAAGCCAGGACACUUGGGUCAGAGUGUACGAUUACGAUACUCAGGCAGAAUUGGAGGUUUAUAAGGGACAUCAUGGAAGUGUUUGGAGCGUUGGUUUUUCCCCAGACGGAAAGUUAUAUGCUACAGGUUCCGAGGAUGGAACUAUCAAACUGGUAGGGAAAACGCCCCCCGAUGAUUGA